CCCACCGACCCUCCCUCGUACGAAGAAACCAUCGCAGCUGGACCAGCUGCCCCUCAACCCCCGCUUCUUGCCACGUCUUCACCACGCACCGACUCCUCCCCUCCUAGUAUCCCUGGAACCAGCUCCGAUCGAACCAGCUCCGACGCGGCGGACAAUCGCACCGUCAUGAUGGACCCUGUUCUCAGCGAAGACGCUUCGGCACUGCACGCGCUGAUCGUGCGCCAAGCCCGGACGCCGCCGCGACCGGUGCUGACCAUCCGCGGCACUCACCAGGAGACCCACGAGGAAAGCGACAGCUACGACAACAACCAUCACAACAAGCGCACGCGCAACGAGACUGUCUUCGACUUCUAUUUUAAGAUCAACCUCUCGAACUACAUGGUACGCGACUCCGACGCGGAUCGUGACGGCUGGCGGGUGUGCAGUGUUGUCCGCGACGGCGACGGCCAGGAGGCGUAUCGCGGGGGUCGCUGCCGGUCGGAUACGUGGGCGGGCCACACUCGCCGAUCAAGAUCACACGCCGCUCAUGUGGAAGGUGCGUCGGAGGGUGAGCUCGUUGGGCUGGUCGCGGAGGAUGGCGAGGAGCCUGGGUUGAUGGGCUGGUGUGACCGGUUCUGUCUGGAUCCCGGCCCGGUCAAGUCGUUCCGAUUCACCAGGAGCAUUGUUGGGUUCGAUGUGGCGACCCUCCGCUCCCUGCUCAGCUCCCACCUCCGCAAUCUUAACUAUCAGGGCAAUAUUGACAUCUCUAUUGCCGUGGCCAACAAGGAUCUGACGGUCUACUCGCCGCACUGGAUCAAUCAGCUGCGCAACAACUCGUUCGCGUACUGGGCCUGCAUUAUCCUGCAGCUGUGGAUCGUCACCUGGCCGAUCAUUUGGUUCCUCGAGCACCGCUACGACGUCGUCCGCACCGUGUGGUACUUCUCUGGCGUCCGAGAAUCGCAGACGAUCUAUGCAUGCCAUCGCGAUGAGGCUGCGAUUGCGAAGGAGCUGGCCCCGAUUGUCACGCAGGCGGCGUGGGAGCGGCGAAUCAAUGGCGAGGUGCUUUCAUCACAAGAAAUGGACCUGCUACGGCAGUUGGGGACGGAAGGGAGUGAACGGCGCGUGGUUAUGAUGUCUUGGGAUCGCAUUGGGGGAUGGGGUCGAGACUCCUAACCUAUUUGGGGCAGAGUUGAGUUAUUGGCGCUCCCCUCGCAUGAUGCGUUUGGUUUCUUGUCUGCCAUUCUGAGCGGCUUUUCAGUUAAGAAUAAUGAAUACCCAUGAAUUGACGAUGCAUUUUUGUGGCUUAUCGAGUAAUGCCUUGUGGUUAGCCAAUGAUUCUGUGCAUUGGCUGAGUCUCUGACAUUCACAACAGAAUCUGAUUCAACUGGAGUUAGCAAUUUGCCGACGUUCACUACACGGAUCCAGC